AUGCAGAAGAGAAAGAAAAUGAAGAGCAAGGAAGAAGUUGACAACGAGAAGAGGAAGAACCAGAAGCGGUCGAGGAUGAUGAGGAUUUCGAAGGAGAUGCAGAGGAAGCUAUCCAAAAAGGAGAAAGAAGAGGAAAUGCCCGAUAAGCUUCAAUAUUUUGUUGAUUGUUUUUGA